GUGGUAGGGUUUGGUACCUUUUGACUUUCACAAAGCAGAAGACAACCUGAAAUAAUGUCUGGCAGAGGCAAAGGAGGUAAGGGACUUGGAAAGGGAGGCGCUAAGCGUCAUCGCAAGGUUCUCCGUGAUAACAUCCAGGGCAUCACCAAGCCUGCAAUCCGCCGCCUGGCUCGUCGUGGUGGUGUUAAGCGUAUCUCUGGCCUCAUCUACGAGGAGACCCGUGGUGUACUGAAGGUUUUCCUGGAGAACGUGAUCCGUGAUGCUGUCACCUACACAGAGCACGCCAAGAGAAAGACCGUGACCGCCAUGGAUGUGGUGUACGCUCUUAAGCGUCAGGGCCGCACUCUGUACGGCUUCGGCGGUUAAAGAUUUGAUCACACAUUUAAACUGAACCCAAAGGCUCUUUUAAGAGCCACCCAAUUGC